AAUCGCAGGUCCGAGUCCAGCGCUCCCAGCUCGGCGAGGCUCCACACCCAGCGACAUGAGGUGCCUGCUGUUUCUGCUGCUCUGGGGGCUCCCUCAGAUUCGGAGAACUUCUGAGGGCCCGCAAAGGAAUUUCCCCUUCCGCUGCCUCCAGAUCUCAUCCUUCCUCAACCGCAGCUGGGCGCGCACCGACGGCUUGGCGUGGCUCGGGGAGCUGCAGCCCUACGUGUGGAAGAACGACUCGGACACUAUCCGCUUCCUAAAGCCCUGGUCCCAGGGCACAUUCAGCGACCAGCAAUGGGAGGAGUUGCAGCAUCUAUUUCGGGUUUAUCGAAGCAGCGUCACCAGGGACAUACAGGAAUUCGCCAAAAUGCUGCACACAGCCUAUCCCUUGGAGGUCCAGGUGUCUGCUGGAUGUGAAGUGCACCCUGGGAACACCUCAGAAAGCUUCUUAUAUGUAGCAUUUCAAGGAAGAGAUAUCCUGAGUUUCCAAGGAACUUCUUGGGUGCCAGCCCCAGAUACCCCACAGUGGGUCGCGAGAGUCAUCGAAGUGCUCAAUGACGACCAAGGGACCAGCGAAAUGGUGCAGUCGCUCCUUAAUGACACCUGCCCCCAAUUUGUCAGAGGCCUCCUGGAGACAGGGAAGUCAGAACUGGACAGGCAAGUGAAGCCUGAGGCCUGGCUGUCCAGUGGCCCUGCUCCUGGGCCUGGCCGUCUGCUGCUGGUGUGCCAUGUCUCAGGAUUCUACCCAAAGCCUGUGUGGGUGAUGUGGAUGCGGGGUGAGCAGGAAGAGCCGAGCACUCAACAAGGUGACAUCCUGCCCAAUGCUGAUGAGACAUGGUAUCUCCGUGUAACCCUGGAUGUAGCAGCCAGGGAGGCGGCCGGCCUGACAUGCCGAGUGAGGCACAGCAGUCUAGGAGGCGAGGACAUCAUCCUCUACUGGGAGCAGAGCCGUGCCUCCGCGGGCUUGAUCGCCGGGGCAGUACUGGUGUCUCUCCUGAUCGCUGGAGGCUUAUUAACGUGCUGGUUUAAAAAGCGCUCCUCCUAUCAAGACAUCCUGUGA